CGGUCUUUCUUGCUUUGAAGUUUCAGGCGAGAUAUUUUAGUGUUAUCAUAUCCUGGCAAAUCCGAAAACGCUGUGUCUUAAAACGGAAUUUAUAAAUCGAAAGAGAAACGCAGGUGAAACGCGAUCCUUUGAUUACACUAUCGUCCGUCCGCGAGGCGUGUGAGACCUGUGAGAAUGAGUCACAUCGUCACAUGGCUGCUCACCGCUCCUCUCGUCGAACCGUCGAAGUAAUCGAAGCGAAAUGAGGUCACAGACAGGUACAGAGCGGCACAACAUGACGCUCGGGAGAGAGAUUUGACAGGUUAAGACCGAUGUCUCUAUCUCGAACACCUUUGACUUUGAUAAACGGGCUGAUUUGGGCUGAUUUUCGUUCGCGUGACGCCGGAAAGGGAAGCGACGACGUGACACGACGACGACGACGACGACGACUGUCCGCCGUGUUGCGGCUUUCCUUAUCCUGUCGUCGGAUUACGCACGAAGUCCGGUGCCGGACCUUUCCCUACCGUCAGCGAGGGCUCCCCGAGAGGGAAGAGGAACGUGAGGUCGCGCCUCGCGAGAGAAGCCAGCUGUUUAUGCUCAGGAACGAUCAUCUGUCGCGAUGGAGCCCGGCACGAGCAGCUCGAUCGACGAUUACGCGGAGAUAAUACGGAAAUUGCCUGUUUACUUGAAAUUAGCCUACGGCACGGGUCAUGUGCUGAACGACAUCUGCGCUUCCAUGUGGUUCACGUAUCUGCUGGUCUUCUUUCACCUGGUGCUAGGAUUCGACCCGGCUUUGGCCGGUGUUGUGCUACUCAUCGGUCAAAUAGCGGAUGGCCUGGUCACCCCGUUCGUCGGUUUUCAGUCCGAUAGAAACGACAAUUUUUGGCUGUGCCGAUACGGCAGAAGAAAGACCUGGCACUUAUUAGGCACUAUUUGCGUACUAUUGGGAUUCCCAUUUAUAUUCUCGCAAUGUAUAGGCUGUGAAAGUUCGCAUCAAUACGCACAGCUAGUUUAUUAUGCUGCUUUCGUAGUGAUUUUCCAAUUUGGUUGGGCAGCGGUACAAAUAUCGCAUUUGGCCUUAGUCCCAGAGCUUACGCCUGCUGAGCACGAAAGGACUGAACUUAUAGCUAUAAGGUUCACAUUUACUGUCUUCUCCAAUGUUCUUGUUUACUGUAUUAUGUGGGGUGUACUACAUGUAACAAGCGAUGAGUAUGACGUUCAGAUUGGACCUAAUGACAUUCACAAAUUUCAAAAAGUUGUUCUAAUUGGAAUAACAGUUGGAUUGGUAGCAUCCGUUAUCUUUCAUGUAGUUGUUAAGGAAAGCGCUAAUGGCAAUGCUAAUGGUAGCCUUUUGCAUAGAAAUGACAGGACAGCAUCAGUAUUAUUGAAAGAUAUUAGAUUAUAUCAAGUAGCGUUCGUCUAUAUGCUUACGCGGCUAUUCAUUAAUUUGUGCCAAAUUUAUAUACCUCUAUAUUUACACGAGUCGUUGAAUAUGCCUGCGACGUCUCUGGCUUACAUACCGUUGACAAUGUAUUUAAGUAGUUUUUUAACGUCUUUAAUCAUAGAGAGACUCAAUACAAAAUGGGGUCGAAAAGUCGCAUAUUCUAUCGGUGCUCUAUUUGCGAUAUGCGCCUGUAUAUGGAUACAGUUUGGCAAGGGCGACAUGUAUAUUAAAUAUCAGAUCUAUGUCGUAGCUACGUUAUUAGGUUCUGCUGGUGCAAUAAUGUUAGUGACUAGCCUUGGCGUUACCGCCGAUCUAAUAGGAAAGAAUACUGAGAGCGGUGCCUUUGCCUACGGAAUUAUGAGCUUCGCAGAUAAGCUUAGUAACGGUCUGGUGGUUAUGCUGAUUCAAUACUCAGUAAAGCACUUUUCGGCUGGUUACGCUAACUAUUACUACAGAGACAUUCUUACAUAUGUCUGCGGCGUGUCUGCGGCAUUUGCUUUACUGAUGAUUUUAUACAUCAAGCCAUUCUCCCGUACCAUGGUCUUUGAUACGUUACGCAACGAUGAGGAUGAAGGUUUCAUAGAAACUCCAAAUGCGAUUGACGGAAACUCAAUCUCUUCAAACCAAUCACAAGCCAAUGUACAUUGAUGAUGUAAUUGAUCUACAGUUUGUAAAUAUCAUAAAAUAUGGAAUUUAGAGAUAUUGACAUUUAUUAAGAGAAAAUAAGCGGUGCUUGCUGUAUAGGCUAUGAUAUAUGAUAUAGUAAGCAAAUUACUAUCUUUUUUACUUGAAAUCGUUGAUGUUAUUGUUGAUAUUAUUACAAUUUAAUAUAUUUUAACGAUAUGUAUAUGUAUAUGUAUAUUAUUGGGAUUUAUUUCACGUUUUAUUAAUAGAUUUAUUAGUUGCUUUCCAUUUACAUCAAAAGUCAGAUAAUUCUUACUUGUGACGUCAUUUGAAUUCAUCCUGGCAAGUGAAAUUCAACUGAGUUUUUAUCCACAAUCGAGUGCGUUAAUGAAUCUAAUAGAAUUGCAUUUAAAGUGAGGCUAUGAAUCUAUAUUGUUAUGCGAUAGCUUUGUCACCAAAAUAAGCAUGUACAAAAUGAUAUGUUUUAUCUGAGUAUAAAAUACUCACAUAACUGAGUAACUCAGAUAAUUUGAGUGUAAAUGGAAAACAAUUAUUAUAACGUAAGAGAUUAUUGUAAACAAUUUUUGAAUUAAAUAUUUUAAAUUUUUAA